CUGCAUUCACGCACCACCCACCAUGGGCCUCAGCUACUCGGUCUGGGCCUCGCCCCCCGAGGUCUCCCCCCCCGUCGCACCAGUCAACAAGGCCUCGCCGCCCCGCAGCGCCGUCACCGGCGUGUUCAGCAGUGGGCCCGAGGACCCCAACGGCCCUACAACCGCCAUGGGCUUCCGUCUCGCUGCGCUUCUCGCCGAGAACGAGGAGGCCGCGGCCGCCGCCAAGACGAACAAGCGUCACUGA